AUGGGUUGGUUCUGGGCAGACGCUGAGCCUGCGGCGCCCGUCGCCCCGCAUCCCAUGCCUCGGUCCUCCAACGCCGCUCCACCCCCCGGCUGUCCGAUGCACCAAAAAGGCGCUGCUCCGCCCGCACCACCGAAGCCUUCCGCCACCCCCACCGGCGCAUGCCCCUACGUCCCGCCGGAGAAGAAGGACGGCAGUGCACCGGCGCCCCCGAAGUCCGGACUGCUCGAGAAGCUCAAUCCGCUCAAUUUCAUGCCGUCAAAUCUGUCGCAAGAACGUGCGGCGCACCAGACUGUCGACCUGCCGACCGAUCGCGAGGCUUCGUCGAUUCCGCGCGGCGAUGGCGGAGGCAACUGGGAGUACCCCAGCCCACAACAGAUGUACAAUGCAAUGCUGCGCAAGGGCUACACGGAUACGCCGCAGGAUGCGGUUGAGAGCAUGGUUGCGGUGCACAACUUCCUAAACGAGGGCGCGUGGGCCGAGAUCCUGGAGUGGGAGCGCCGCUUCUCCAAGGGCAUUGUGCAUGGAUGGAAGACGAGUGCGCAGGGUGAAGAGGGAAGCCAGGCGGGCGAGUUGCUUGAAAGAUGGCCGGACAAGGAGACGCCGCCGCCGCAGUUGACGAGGUUCAUGGGCAGGCCUGGGGAGUUGACGCCCAAAGCGCGAAUGAUGCAGUUCCUGGGUCAGGUCUGGCCGAGCCAGUUCAGCGCAGAGCCGCCGUUUGACAGGCACGAUUGGUUCGUGCAGAGGAACCUGCCGAAUGGUGAGACUGUGGAGAAGAGGUAUGUCAUUGACUACUAUGAGGGCGAGCCGGAGCAUGGCAUGCCUGUCUUCUAUCUCGACGUCAGGCCAGCCAUCGACACGCCCAGCCAGGCGGCGGAGAGGGCGGUACGCUGGGGCCGUGACGUUUGGUGGAGAGCAGUUGGUGGCAAUAUCAGGGAGCAGCUCCAGGCUCAACAGGCCGCCAGCAAGUGA